AUGCCUUUUUUUCUCUCUAAGCCUAAACUUUGGAAGAAACUACGACUUGAAAAGAAACCACAGUCUGAAAAAGGCAAUUUCUUGAAAGGGGAGGUUACAAGUCCGUCGAACAGCCUGUUAUCUAAGCAAGAGGAGCGUCGUGAACCUACCCCUCAACCCAACGAUCUCUGGGUUAGAGCUGAGCAAAUAUUGAGACAAAGUAGUGAGCUGGACAAGAUUUUGAAAGCUUCGGCUGAAAUACUUGAAUACUACUACAGUUUGAAACUUCAGCCAGGAGAUACGAGUUACCACAAACGACUUUGCGAUUUCCUUGAGGCUAAAGCAAUUCAAGUAGAAGAGAAGAAGUGGGCGAUUCACCUAGGGAAUCAUAGCAUUACUGUUCGGGACCAACUCACAAAGGUAUUCAGAAAUGUCUUGGCCAUCAAAGAUAUUGUCAAUACUGCUGCAAGCGCGAGCCCACCAGCUUCGCUGGCCUGUGCUGGCAUAACGGCUUGUUUUGCGAUGGUCGUCCAAGCGGUAGAGCAGCAUGACCUUCUCCUACAAGGCUUAGAAUUGACUUCUGGAUUGAUACCUCGACUUCGCGUAAUGGAAACCCUUUAUUCGCAUUCUCAGACAAAACAGGCCAUUGAUCUCCUCGGGGAGUUUCAAAAAACUUUGGUCUCCAUCUACACCAGGAUAUUAGAGUUCCAGGCUCGAGCGCUCUGCUAUUUACACAGACAUUCAGCCUCCCAGCUUCUGGGAAACAUCUUUAAGUGGGAUGGAUGGGCUGACUUGCUGCAAGACUUUGAGAGGUUUGAAAAAUCUCUAGACCGAUUUACUUCCCUCAUUGCAGAUACAGAAUCAAGCCAGAGGCACGAAGAGGUUCUGAACGGACAUCGAGAGAUUCUGAAUGCUUUACGCGAACGUGAUAUAUGGACAACUACAUCGGCUAGAGACGAGAGGAUAAAAAGAUUUUUCAAGCUGCUCUACACUUGCCCAUACAAGGAUCGAAAAGACAGGAAUAGCAAGCGUGUCCCUGGAACUUGUGAAUGGUUUACAAGCCAUUCUCUAUUCCAGGCGUGGCAACAGAGUAAAAGUAAUGUCUCCUCCGGUCUACUAUGGGUGUCGGCAGAUCCAGGUUGCGGCAAGUCGGUCUUAACAAGAUACCUAGUUGACGAACUUCUUCUCAACACAAAUGAGCGAACGGUCUGUUAUUUCUUCUUCAAAGAUGACUUUUCGGAUCAGAGGAGUUCAACAAGCGCACUUUCAAUUAUAUUACGUCAGCUUUUCAUAGCACAGCCUCAGCUUUUGCAAGAUGCAGUCCUGGAUAAACUGGAUACCGACGGUGACACGUUUGUCCAAUCAUUUUCUGAAUUAUGGAAUUUGCUUGUAUCUAUUUCUACUAAUCCGAAGGCCGGAGAGAUUAUUUGCAUUCUGGACGCAUUAGACGAGUGUCAAGAUAGUGACCGGAAUCAACUCAUUCGCGCAGUCACGGAUUUUUACUUGAGACCCUAUAAAAACAGCAAGCUGAAGUUCUUGAUGACAAGCAGACCAUACGAUCACAUACGACGUGGCUUUUGGGAGCUGGAGGCCUACCUACCUACCAUCCAUUUAAGCGGGGAUGGCAAAAAAGAGGCCCAGCAGAUAUCUCGCGAAAUAAACCUUGUUAUCAGAAAAAGGGUUGAUGAUAUCAGCGAACAAAGAUCCCUGGAGAAGGAUGAACGCAGUAUGCUCAUGCAACAGUUAACGGCAGUUGAAAAUCGAACCUAUCUGUGGGUUAGCCUCACGUUGGACGUACUCGAGAAUAUCCCGGGUUUCACGAAAGGCAAUAUCCAUCGGGUAAUUCAGCAUCUACCCACAACUGUUGACAACGCCUAUGAAAGAAUCUUGGACCGGAGUUUGGAUGCGGACAAAGCCAGAAUUCUUCUUCAUAUUAUUACAGCUGCAAUGCGGCCUCUCUCGUUGGGAGAGCUGUCUCUUGCCUUGGCAAUCAGUGCAGGUCACCAAACUUUUACAGAGAUAUGUGAUGAACUGGAACCAGAAGACCGUUUUAGGAAAACUUUGAGGGAUGUCUGUGGACUCUUUGUGGUUGUUAUAGAUGAAAAGGUUUAUCUUCUUCAUCAAACCGCUAAGGAAUUCUUGGUCCGGGGCAACAACCCUACUGUGAAUAUAAACAUCUCUGAAGUCACAAGAUGGAAGCAUUCACUACUGCCAGAGGAGUCCAAUGAGAUUCUUGCAGACAUAUGCACUUCAUAUUUGGCCUUUGAACGAAAUGAAAUUGAUCACGAAAAAUUUUAUGUGUAUUCAUCAUGUUACUGGAGUGCGCAUUUUCGUCAAGCUUGCGUGCGAGAAGGGAACCCGCUAUUGAUCCGCGCGCAGAACAUUUGCAACCCAAGCUCUGAUCUAUAUCAAGUAUGGUCCAGAAUCUAUAAAAAUUAUGGGAAUAUUGUUCCCAAUGGCCCCACAACACUUUUCAUAGCAUCAGCUUUGGGGCUGGCUGGUGUGGCCAAGCUUCUUCUUGACACAGGAAAUGUCGAUGUCAACUGCAAGGAUUCUGAAUAUGGUCGGACACCACUCUCUUGGGCGGCAAUAAGUGGCCAUGAGGCAGUGGCUAAGCUUCUUCUUGACACAGGAAGGGUGGGUGUCGACUAUAAGGAUUCAAUAUAUGGUCAAACACCACUCUCUUUGGCGGCAGAGAAUGGACAUGAGGCAGUGGUUAAGCUUCUUCUUGACACAGGAAGAGUGGAUGUGGACUGUAAGGAUUCAAAAUAUGGUCAGACACCACUCUCUUGGGCGGCAGAGAGUGGCCAUGAGGCAGUGGUUAAGCUACUUCUUAGCAAAGGAAAGGUGAAUGUUGACUGCAAGGAUUCAAAUGGUAGGACACCACUUCAUUGGGCGGCAAGGAGUGGCCAUGAGGCAGUGGUUAAGCUACUCCAGGAACGCCAAUGCCCGCCUUUAUAA